AUGUUCAAGUUGUUCAUCUUCAUGUGCUUCCUUGCCCUGGCUGCCGCUAAGCCCGGCGUGUAUUCAGUAGCCUACACCGCACCAGUGGCAGCGGCGUACACUGCGCCUGUGGCUGCAGCGUACACUGCACCCGUGGCUGCAGCGUACACUGCACCCCUCGCAUACUCCGCCUACUCAGCCUACACCGCGCCCGUAGCUUAUUCAGCAUACACUUACGCUUCUCCCUACUCUUACUUCUUACGUCGUUGA